AUGAACGUCUCCGUCGACGACCUCAUCUCCUCCUUCGGCCAGAGCCACAUCGGUCAAGAGGCAAACGACCUCGCUGCCUUCCGCGCCCAGCUCGCCCAGUCCCUCCUCGCCCAGCCCAUGACCUCCUCUCGCGCGGGUCCCCUCAACUCCCCCGUCCGCUCGCCCUCCGCGAGCAUCUCCCUCGACCCCGCCCAGGCCGCCUGGCUCCGCCACACCUCUGCGUCCGGCUCCAAAAUGAGGUGCUCUAUCGACGAGAACCAGCAGGAUCCGGACGAGAUGAUGGACGAGGACGAGCGCAUGGUUGAGGACCUGCUCCUUGCGUCCCCUUCGUCCCCGGCCCCGGCCCCGCCCGCCUUCGCCCGCCCCCAGCUCUCCUCCCCGCCCUCUUACCGCCAACGCAAAACGAGCCUGUCGGUGACCAUGAUCCCGCUCGACCACGCCCACCACGAGCCCUCGAUCUCCAACGCCUCGAUCUUCACCACGACGGACCCGUUCUAUCUGGCGUCCAUCCAGGGCACUCACAGCCACCCCUCCCCCGCGUCUGUCUUCUCCCAGGCAGGUCGCCCAGCCUCGCACUCGCCCUUCCUCAAGCACCACAUGCAGUCCGCGUACCAGCCGUUCGGCAACGCGUACCAGGCCGUCCCUCCAGAGGCGCAGCCGUACAUGUUCGCGGCGACGGCGACCGCCACUACAUACAGCUUGUGA